CACCUGAUCCGAGCGCAGAGGAAAUCCUGCUGCUUUGGAGAGGAUGCUGGACAUUGCAGAGGAGCGUAGCUCGUAGCGUCACCAGCUUUUUUCCCUCCUGCUUCCAAUGUUGUGAAACGGCUUUGUUUUGAAGAGAGUCUGCAAGUUUGGGUAAAGCGAACCAAGGCACUUUUUGUGGUCAGUCUGACUGGUACUGGUCAGUUUAAGGUACUUUACUGGUGUUUAAAAGAAGCUUCUUUGGGGAGCACAGUGCGAACACACUCUCGGACCCGCUCAUGUCUCUCACCUGUUGAGGCAGGUGAAAUCGGACCAGUUUGUGGAUUUGCUACUAUGACUUUGGAUACGGAUUUAAUGGACGACCUGGUUAUCGACGUGGUGGGAGAAGGGAGCAAGGAUUCGGCAGAAGAGAGUUGCUCCACCUCACCUCCAGUCGUGUCCGAGGCUGAGUUCAGCUCGGCGUCUCUUUCUGCCAGGCAUUAUGAAGGCGAUGGAAAAGACAUAGCGUCUUCCAGAUGCCUUCCAGCUCCGAGCAAAGGCGCCUCGGUAAAGCCUCCGUAUUCCUACAUCGCCCUGAUCACCAUGGCCAUCCUGCAGAGCCCGAAGAAGCGGCUCACUCUCAGCGAGAUCUGCGACUUCAUCAGCCAGCGCUUCUCUUACUAUCGCGAGAAGUUCCCCGCGUGGCAGAACUCCAUUCGCCACAACCUGUCCCUCAAUGACUGCUUCGUGAAGAUGCCGCGGGAGCCGGGCAACCCGGGGAAGGGCAACUACUGGACCCUAGACCCGAACUCGGCGGACAUGUUUGAGAAUGGCAGCUUCCUGCGGCGGAGGAAGCGUUUCAAGCGGCAGCACUUCCGAUUCGGUGUGUUGAAGGAUCACUCGUUAGAACCCGCAGCCUUUCCGAACCUGUCGUACGGCGCAUACGGGCUCGGGGCGUCGUGUGUGCCUUUACCGAGCAUGGACGUCUAUCCGUUUGGAUUCCGCCAUGCCAGUCAGGCGUCCUGUGUGCCAGGCGCUCCACCUGGUACCGUCCUUCCGGCUCUGUCCACCUUCUUCUCGCGGAGUUCUCUACAUACUAAAGCUUUCCCUCCGAGCCAGGCGCUCACAGUGGAGUCAUUAAGCUCAGCUCCGCUUCCCUCCAGCUCUCCGUAUGCGCCCUCCGCUCUUCUCCAUCCCAUCGCCUUUCCUCCGUUUCUCAGCCUGCAGUACGAGUAUCAGAAGCUGCAAAGCCUGACAGGCGGCUCCGAGGCGCCGAGUAAACACGCGUACCUGGGCAGGGUGGCUGAUUAGCAGCGCUGCGGCUGUCUUUUUUUUUUAUUUUUUUUUUUUUCUCAGGAAAUAAGAUUUUUGGCAUGUUGAUGUGCUUUCAGAGUGAGAGAGCAGAAUAUCUCUGAUGGCAUUUAAUGGACACUGAACUUUUGACAUUUAUUCCCCACUGAAUUUUAUUGGGAUUUGUUGUUGUUGUUGUUGUUGUUUUUGCUGUUGUUGUUGUUGUUGUUGUUGUUGAAGGAAGACUCAUUUGUGCUUAAAAUAUUUUCUUAUAGUAAUUUCAUACUACAAAAUUGCGUUGAGUGAUUUGAAAAAUAUUUAACUGACGAAUUUCCUCUUGGUUGUUUGGAAAAAAAAUAAUAAAACGAAUUUGUUAAAAUCAGUCGUGAUUAUUAAUUUGUUAAUGGACAUGAGAACUUUUUAU